CAGGGGAUGAACAAUCAGUAUGUCCGUCGAGAGGUCUUCUGUGGGAACACCUGCCAUGAGCUCAAGCGGUUCUGGGAGAGGGAGAUCGGCAAGCAGACGUGCUACAGAGAGUCGGAGGAGCAUCGCCUAGGAAGGAGUGCGCUGAGGAAGCUCAGGGAAGAAUGGAAGCAGAGGCUGGAGACAAAGCUGAGGUUGCGGAACAACCCAGAUGAGGCUGAGAAGCAGACAAAUGUCAGCUGA